AACGGUUGCAGAGUCCUCCACAUGGUCAACACGGCUAAGAGGAAGCGUAAGUCAGUCAAGUUUCGUUCAGUGAAAAGGUGUCUUCUUCCCUAACCUGGAACAUAGCUCGGCAGUGUCAACAGAGUGACCCAUGCUCGCCUCUUUGAAUCCAGUUCAUGACCACUGGAAGUCAUCGUCACCGCCAUCGUGCGCCAGAGGGGGUGUGGACGCUCCCGCUCCUUACGUUGUUCGAGAGGAUAAGUAAAGAGGGUCAAUAUUGACACAAACGUGAUCGUCCAGACCUUCGAUCGCCCACCCAAAAAGAAAAAUAAUGGCCCAUUUCCCCCCCUGGCCCCCACUCGAUGAUGCAAGAUCGGGCGGUCAUCACCGCCGGCGAGUCGAGAGCCUUAUCCGAUCCCACGGAUAUGCGACGUUCGGUCCAUCGUGGUCUGACGUUUUGGAUACUCUAAAAUCGUCGACAACGACGAAGACACGCAGCAUGCCUCGAGUACCAUGGACACAGCAGAUCACUAUGCCUUCGCUUGCAGAUUCGUUGCCUUUUGCUCGGCCAUCAUCGUCUUCUCAUUCGCAAAGUCAUCCAUGGGAUACGCGCGGACCAAUGCCCAUAUUCAGAGAGAUAGACGAUUGGCCGAUACAGAACGACAGAAGGAGGUAUUCGGCAUGGAUUCAAAUCCUGAAGAUUGAGAGCCGUUGCGCGGGGCGGCGACUGGUCUGCCGAGUCUUGUCGAUGACGAGCAACGUUCCACGAAGUGAAAGGUCCCGACAUCAACGAACGUCAAUAUCAACAGACGGGUCGGAAGUCUUUGACCAAUGCGAAAGAGGUUCAAAAACACCCCUAGCCGAGCGCCGUCCUGGUAAUCUAUUGCCUCCGACGGAAGGUGGAUGGACAUUCGUCAAAACUUUGGGAAUCAUCACCAUGCUUUUACAUGCGAGAAAUAUGAUAUGUUUGGAAAAUCACUGGACGUCGGCAGCUCAACGCUGGCUUUUUUUCUUGGUAUCUAAGAAAAAUACAACAAUGUCGGACCCAAUACAAUGACGCUCCGAGUGCGCAUAUAUGUGCGAGAAUUAAUCGAUGUUAUGAAUUCGAUGAAGGUCGAUUCCAUGGUGGAGAUGAGAGGAGAGAUGGUGGGAGGGAAGCAGAGCUGUCUUCGAAUCUACCACUCGGCACGAGGAAGGCCAAAGCGGAUCAAGCCUUGUGCGUCGAAAUGUCUCGUGAGAUCCGUCACGGCUGUGAAUCAGUUGUCUCGACUGGGGACUAUGUCAAAUGAAUUGGUGCAGCAAG